GAAGUGCCGGCCCCUUGCCGCAGUGUGCAGCAGGCAGGCGGCCGGUAGGGAACCUUUUCUGCGCGGCUUUAACCCAAGGGGAUCGGGACACUCUCUUCUCCUUCCUCCAACAUGUCUCAGGAGAGGUUUCCAGCCGCGCCUAAAAGGAGCCCUGACAAACCCAGCAGCGUAGAGGGAGUUGUUCCUAAUAAUCCAUGCAAGACUCCCAUACAGCUGCUACUUGAAUUUGGAACAAAGUCUGGCAAACCACCUGUGUAUACGUUGGAGAAAGCUGAAGGACAAGCUCAUCACCCCAGUUUCACUUUCCGGGUUGUAAUAGGUGAAAUAUCAUGCAUAGGAGAAGGACCUAGCAAGAAAAUAGCAAAACAUAAAGCAGCAGAAUCUGCUUUAAACAUAUUAAAAGGAGACUCCAAAAUAAGCUUGCCCAUGACUGAGCCUUUAAUUCGAGAGGCCGCCAAACAACCACCCAAUCAGAUGCAAGGCAAUCCCAUUGGUACAUUGCAGGAGCUUGCUGUGCAGAAGGGAUGGAGACUGCCAGAGUAUACUGUUUCACAGGAAUCCGGGCCGCCUCACAAGAGGGAGUUUACAAUAAGUUGCAGAGUGGAAAACUUAGUGGAAUCUGCAUCUGGCACAUCUAAAAAAGUAGCGAGAAGAAUUGCUGCUGAGAAGAUAAUUGCGAAGUUGAACAACAUUCUGCCUGACACUGUUAAUCGCUCCCUGGAAAAGCUCAUUGGAAAUAAUCUUGGAUGCACUUGGGAUAGCUUGAAAAAAUCAACUGGAGAGAAAAUAAACCUUCUGAAAAGAAGCCCUUUGAGUAUUCCGAACACUGAUUAUGUGAAAAUGUUGGCUGAAGUUGCUGACGAACAAAAUUUUCGUGCAUCUUAUUUAGACAUCGAGGAACUGAGUGUCAACGGACAGUAUCAGUGUCUGGCGGAGUUGUCCAUAAAUCCUGUCACAGUAUGUCACGGAACAGGGAUCUCGUGUGGUAAUGCCCACAAUGAUGCUGCCCACAAUGCACUGCAAUAUUUAAAACUCAUGGCAGGGAGAAAGUAAAAUCAAGGACUUCCCACAAAUUAAGUUUUUACUUUAAAUAGGAAAUACAUUUUCAAUUUUUGCUGUGACCGUAUUACCAGAAAAUUGGCCACCAAAUUGAAUGCAUAAAUGAAUUUAACCCAAA